AUGUCCCCGAGCGCCUGGCUGGUGUUGGGGAACCCCUGUCCCUUCGGCCCCCACGGCGUCACCUCCCCGUCCCAUGUGACAGCGGCCACCAAGGUCCCCAGCGCCAGCGUCAGCUCCUCCAGCCGCCCCAGCACGGCCGCGCUGAUUUACCCCCAAGGAGCAGAAUUUGCUCUGCCAGGACCUCGGGGACCCUUUCGGGACCUCGGGCGUGGGGGGAGAGAGCGGGGAGCAGGCCGGGGCCGGGCCCGCCCCCCGGUGGGCCGUGUGGCAGCAGAGGCGCCAUUGGCGGAGCGCGUGUGCGGGCCCGGGAGCGGCGGCAGCGGCCGGAGCCCGGUGAGGCGGCGGCGGAGCUCGGAGGCGGCCCCAGCGCAGAACCCAGGGGGGCAUGUACUCCAUCCAGUAGGGACACAGGAAGAGGAGGAGGAUCAGGAAGAGGAGGCAGCACAAGGUUCCACCCCUCCCUGGAUCUGCAGCCUUCCCCCAGCCCCAGGAGCGUUGCUCCCCCACAUGCAGCAGGAUUUUUCAUUCCCAAGGAGUGUCCUGAUGGAGGAGGAGGAAAAGCCCCAGAGAUCCCGCCCGAGGAGGGGCUGCAAACCCAGCGCAGGGAGCUGUGAGGAGGAAAGACCCCCCCUGUGCCAGGAGGGCGGCCGGAGAUGCAGGCGGAGCUCAGAGCUGGGGGAGAAGCCUGAUGGAGGGGAGAAGCCCCACAAGUGCCUGGAGUGUGGGAAGGGUUUCAGAUACAGGUUCAAGCUGACCCAGCACCAGGUGAUCCACAGUGGGGAACGGCCCUACGAGUGUGGGGAGUGUGGGAUGAGCUUCAACAACAACUUCAACCUGGUCCGGCACAAGAGGAUCCACACUGGGGAGAAGCCCUAUGAGUGUGGGGAGUGUGGGAAGAGCUUUAGGCACAGCUCCAAACUGGUCGAGCACCAGAGGAUCCACACUGGGGAAUGGCCCUAUGAGUGUGGGGAGUGUGGGAAGAGCUUCCGGUACAGCUCCAACCUGACCCUGCACAAGAGGAUCCACAAUGGGGAAAAGCUCUACAAGUGUGGGGAGUGUGGGAAGAGCUUCAGAGACAGCUCCAGUCUGCUCCAACACCAGGUGGUCCACACUGGGGAAAAGGACUACACCUGCUUGGAAUGUGGGAAGAGCUUUGGAUUGAACUCCAGUCUGAGAAAUCACCAGCGCACCCACACUGGGGAGAGGCCGUACGAGUGUCCUCAGUGUGGGAAGAGGUUUGUAACGAGCUCUUAUCUCCUCCUACACCAGCGGAUUCACACAGAGGAGAGGCCCUUCCGCUGCCCUGACUGCGGGAAGGGCUUCAAGCGCAACUCCAACCUCACUGUCCACCGGCGCAUCCACACCGGGGAGAGGCCCUACGAGUGUCCCCAGUGUGGGAAGAGCUUCUCACACAGCUCUGAUUUGACCAAACACCAACGGAGGCACCGCUAAGGGAAGCCCUGUGAGUGCCCUGAGAGCGGGAAGAGCUCCGUGCACUGCUCCAGCUCCAUCCCCCAUGGGAGGAUUGGGGAAAAACCAAGAUUUUUGGGAACAGUGGGAUGCAAACCCCUCCAAAAAAGGUUCUUUCGUCCCACCCAAGCAGAUGGAUCCUCAGCUGGCAUGAAUAGGGAAAUUCUUUUUUUUUGCCCUUGAUUUGCUUUUCAUUUCUCUUCAUCUCUUUAAAAUAUCCAACAGUGAGGUAAAAAUAAAGAGAUUGAACUAAAACAUGGGUGAGGACAUGAGGGGACAAGGACAUGGUGGGACAUGGACAUGGAGGGGGACAUGGCCAUUCGGGGGGACAUGGGCACAGAUGCAGACAUGGGGGCUAAUGACAGGGAUGGAAACAUGGUGGGGAGACAGCCAUGGGUGAGGAAAUGGUGGCACAUGACCAGUGACACAUGCGGACAUGGCCAUUCAUGGGGACAUGAGGGGGCACGGGCACAGAUGGAGGCGUGGUGGACAAUGACAGGGAUGGAAACGUGGUGGGGAGACAGCCAUGGGUGAGGACAUGGUGGGACAUGGCCAGUGACAUGUGGGGACAGGGCCGUGGCCGGUGCCAUGGGGGGAACUUGCAGGGGCUGUGGGGGAUGCUGGGUUUGAGGGAGUUGAGGGUUCCUGGCAGGGACUUGGGCCUUGCUGAGGGCUUUGGGGACCCCAGGCCCAGCGGCUCCGGCUGCGCUGGGAGACCCUGGCGGAGGCUGUGGGGCAGCUGCUCAAGGAGCCCCUGAGCUGGAGCCCCCUCUGGGCAUUGGGGUCCUGGAAGGGACCGAACGUCCUUGUCCCCAGGAGGGAAAUCCCAGCAGCCCCAGGAUGUUGGGGGCAGCUGAGAGGCCUCAACAGGGAGGGGAAAGCCAGACAGAGCUGUCCCUCUCCAAAACUGCACCCCAGACUUUCCCAAACUCAGGGAUUCCUCAUAGGAAAAAGCUGGCAGGAGGUGCCUGUGAAUCCUGAUUUUAAGGAGUUAAGAUUUUAGCUAAGGGUUGGAAGCCAUUCACAUUGAUCAAUAUGCAAGUUAGACAAGCAAAUGGUGGGUUAAUGAUCAUUAGAUGCUUAAGCUAGAGCUAAUUGUUAUAUUAUGUGCUAUUAUGAGCUUGUUCUGGAAGAAAGUGGAGUAAGCGAACUGUUGUAAGAACAGAUUGAAAGCAGUAAGAACAAUGGCCAGCACCUGGACUGUGAAUCAAUCAAUCAUGAAACAGGGGACCCUGGAUUGUGCCAGAGGGUCCCAGAGACCUGAUGAAGACUCUCCUGACUUCAUCCUUUGAGAGCACUGACUCAAUUCAAGACCACUGACCCAAUUCAAGAGAAGAAUUGCACACGCAUGAAGGACUAAUAAACUCAUUUUAAUACUGAAUGGAGAUGGGAGGUGCUGGGGUUAUGCAUCUGUAUUUUAUGUAAGAUCUUGGUAAAUAAACAGAGGGUAAAGAACCUUGUUUGGUGUGGUCACGCCUUUCGGUGAUGACUGCCAUGCCACCUGCCAGUGAAUAAACAUACCACUCUCUGACUUUAAUUAGUUAGAGGGUCUUUGUCCAUGAUCAUAUCAGUUUUUAAGGACUCACUCCAGCCAAACCACCUGUAGUUAUUCUCAUC